CCAACGCGCCGCUCUCUCUGCCUCCGCUCCUGCUUCUCCCCUCUCCUCCGCCAUCUUCUUCCUCCGCAAGCCGAGAGAAGAGAAGAUGGGGAAGCGAUGGAUCCCGCUCGAGGCCAACCCGGACGUCAUGAACCAGUUCAUGUGGGGGCUGGGAGUCACCGAGGGGGAGGUGCAGUUCUGCGACGUCUACGGCCUCGACGACGACCUGCUCGCCAUGGUGCCCCAGCCCGUGCUCGCCGUCAUCUUCCUCUACCCGCUCACCUCCCAGGAUGACAAGGUGGAGGAAUACGACGCUUCAACCACCUCCACGGCAGGGGGCAAGGAUUUAAGCAAGAAUGUGUACUUCACAAAACAGACUGUUGGCAAUGCUUGUGGAACAGUUGGCGUUAUUCAUGCAAUAGGGAAUGCUGCAUCCAAUAUCAAUCUGGUUGAGGGAUCUUAUUUUGAUAGGUUUUAUAAACGAACAACUGAUAUGGAUCCAGUCCAGCGUGCCGCCUUUCUAGAGGAGGAUGAUGAGAUGGAGGGUGCUCAUUCAAUUGCUGCUUCUGCUGGUGACACUGAUGCAAAUGUUGAUGUGAAUGAACAUUUUGUAUGUUUCUCUUGUGUUGAUGGUGAACUUUAUGAGCUUGAUGGACGAAAAUCGAAACCAAUAUCUCAUGGCCCUUCAUCACCUGAUACAUUGCUGCAGGAUGCUGCUAAAGUCAUCAAAGCCAGAAUUGCGCAGAACCCUGACUCAAUGAACUUCAAUGUCAUGGCUCUUUCAAAACAGUGAACCGGUGAUGUAAAGUGGAAUGGAUAGGUUUGAUCUUUUCCUAUUCCAUGGUCUGAUGCCCGAUAGUCUACGUACUCUGAAGGAAAAAGAGGGGUGUAGUUGGUUGCCUUAAAGUAAAACUGUGCUCUUUGCACGAAGUUCAGAUCCUAUGACCUGCAAUGUUGUUUGAUAUACUUUCUCCUCCUAGCAAUUUAGAUAGAACUACUGUCACAGAUUUAUGUUUUCGCAUCUUUUGUAUCGAAUUCAGAAUGGAGUCUUAGCUACUGGAGUGAAAGAGUUCAAAGUGCACU